AUGGCGACGGGGCGCCUCGGAGUUGGGGAGAUGUUGGGGGCUCUUAAUGCUGCCCUGGGACCCGGUGGUCCCGUGUGGUUCAAGGAGACGCGCGCCCGCCACCUGCGCGCCCGAGACUUCCUGGCGCCACGGCGCGCACUACAGGCGCGCUUCGGAGACGAGCAGGUGCCAGAGCCCGUGGUCACUGCUGUCGCCGGCCUGCAGGGCCCCGGUGUGGCCCCGGUACUGCGCUGCGCGCCCACCCCCGCCGGCCUGGCGCUCCAGCUGCGGCGGCCCGCUGUCUUCGAGCACGUCCUCGGCUCCGUGGCCGCCUACGCCGCGCCUGCCGCGCCCGCCUCGUCAGGUCCGCGCGUCGUCUUGCACUGCGCGGCGCUGCGCGGCGCCCCCUGCACCCUCCGCCUGAGCCAGCUGCGUGCUGUUCUCGUAGCCGAUCAUCUAGCGCGAGCUCUGCGCUCUCGCGGAGUGAGUGUGCGCCUGGUGCCCGCUGCGCGGGACCCGCACAUGCGGACCUUCCUGCAGCAACUGCGAGUGGAAUGGCCCGCUGCCUCGGAGAGUGCCGCGACCGAAGCCCUGAGGAGCCGCGCUCUUGCUGAGCUUACUUCUGCCCAAGAUGGGGAGGCCCUGCCCCCUGGCAUCCUGGGCAGAGUGUGCCUGAAAGAGCUGGUGGAAGAGCAGGGGCGUUCAGCCGGCUAUGACCCCAACCUAGACAGCUGUCUGGUGACUGAGGAUCUUCUCUCCUCCCUGGCUGAGCUGCAGGAGGCUGUGCAGAACUGGCCCGAGGACAGCUCCUCAGGCCUGGCUGGGACCCCAAAUUCAGGUACAGACAACUGCAUUGUUGUGCACGUGGUAAGCUGCGAGGAGGAGUUCCAGCAGCAGAAGUUAGACCUGCUUUGGCACAAGUUGGAUGACCAGGCUCCUCUCAGACAGAAGCACUUGGUCUGUGGCCCAGUGAAAGUAGCUGGUGGACCUGGUACCCUGACUGCCCCCAAGUACUACGAGCUCCGGCUUGCCCAGGUAUGCAAGGCUUCAGCAGUCAAGCAUGGCGGGGAUUUGGCACAAGACCCAGCCUGGACAGAGAUCUUCGGGAUUCUCUCUGUGGCUACCAUCAAAUUUGAGAUGCUCAGCACAGCCCCACAGAGUCAGCUCCUCCUGACCCUGGCCGACAACAGUGUUUCCACAAAGGGCACCAAGAGUGGCACCUUUGUCAUGUAUAAUUGUGCCCGCCUUGCCACACUCUUUGAGAGUUACAAGCACAGCAUGGAACAAGGUCUGUACCCCACAUUUCCACCUGUGAGUAGCCUGGACUUCUCACUGCUACAUGAUGAGGUGAGUGCCCCACCUGGAGAGUCGGCACAAGCAGGAGGCUUGGCCUUUCCCUCCCAGCACCCUUCUCUCCCACAGGGUGAAUGGCUGCUGCUCUUCAACAGUAUCCUCCCCUUCCCUGACCUGCUGAGCCAGACAGCAGCUCUGGCUUACACAGCCCCGGGGCUCCACAUCACUGCACGCACGGAGAUGGUGAGGUGGAAACCAGGAGAGACACUAUACACUCUAUUCUUUAUUCUGGGCUGGGGCACAAGAGUGCUGAGGGACAGGCCAGUGACUUGUUUCUGUCACCAGGUGUGCAAAUUCCUGGUGCAGCUCAGCAUGGAUUUCAGCUCGUACUACAACCGUAUACACAUCCUAGGGGAGCCCCGACCGCACCUCUUUGGUCAGAUGUUUGCUCGCCUGCAGCUUCUGCGGGCCGUGCGUGCAGUGCUGCACGCUGGCCUGGCCAUGCUGGGCCUCCCUCCACUGAACCACAUCUGAAGCAACAAGGCCCUAAUGUCACAAAGUCAUCGACUGGGGGAAAAAAAAACAGCCCCACAGAUUUUGUUAGGGGCCUGGAUGCAAAAUAAAAUUGUUCUGUUGUAAAGCUGUGUCCUACUGUGGAGUGUGGGGGUGGGUGCGUCCUCGGUCUGGCAGGUAGCACUUUCCUCACCCCAGCUCCUGUUCUGAAGUCAGGAGCUCGAAGCUGCCUCUGCCUCCUCUCAAGGCACGCUGGGCACGGGCAUGCUCACUCACUGUUCCACUCUGUCUGCGAGCAGGCUCCACGCCCAGCAUGCCUGCCACCACGAGACAUCUCAGUCAUACCAGUUGUAAACCUCAAGUCCCUGGCCCCCAAGAGCACAGCGGUGGCCAAACUCAGGGCUCACAGGCCAACAGUCCAUGUCAGCCACAUCCGGUACAUGGUACACAGCACUGUUCAUGAAGGUGGGCUCACCGUGCCCCAAACGCCAGAAGGUCAACCGCUGGUCGAUGGAGGCUGAGACCAUGAGGUUUGGGCUCAGAAUCUUGAGACCUGUCACAUGCGCAGCAUGUGCACAAGGAACAGAGUAUUCCUCUAGCACACGCAGCUGAGGUCUCAGCUCAGCCUCCCCAGCAGCCUCUUCCAGCUCUGGCACCUCCACGGCAAGCACAAAGACAUGGAGAGAGCCAUCUUCACUGCCACUGGCCACAAGAUGGUGGCCCUCACACGUGGGCAAGGUGUGCAGGCUGUUGAUACCGCAGCUGUGGGCCUGGAGAGUGAGGCAGGGUGUCCCCAGCUCUGGGGGAAGAAAAUGCUUUUCACGACUCAGCCUGCUACAUGGGUGAAGGUAAAGGGGUAAGGUGGAGAAGGGCAGUGCAGUGCACACCAGCUACUCACGGGAGGGAAGCCCAGGCUCUGCUGGUGGCUCUAGGGCAGUGGAACCAUGGUCUAGCACGGUGGUGAGGUCCCAGAAGGCCAGGCUGCCAUCGGUGGCUGCACUGCACAGAAGCAGCCUCCUAGGAGCCAAGAAAGGGCAGCCAGGUUAAUGAGGGGGAUGGAGGACAAGAGCCCCGCUCCCAGGACCCUCACCCAGCCCCGCUCACCGCCGCCGGUUGGGUGUCUCAUGUGUGAAGGAGUGAACCUUGAGUACACACCGCUUGUGGUGGAAGGUUUCGGCAAGCAGCUGAAGCCGCCGCCCUGAGUCCUGUAAGACAAAGAGCCUGGGGAGGCAGGGGGCAGCCCAGCUUAGAACUCAAUCUGGACAACCUCGUCCCUCUUCCCCCAGCCCCUGGGCCCUAUGCUCUCACCUCACUGCCCCAUCACUACAGGCUGCAGCCACAAGGGGGCCAGGGCCAGGCCGGUCAGGCUCACACACAGCCAGGGACAUGUACCUGCAGCAACAACACACAGCCAUCAGGUAGGGCCUUUGAGCCUAGGGGCAGCUGCAUGGCAUGGGGCUUGCCCUGCAUGACCCCACCCUACGCUCCACGCCACCUGGUCUCUGGGUCCACCUUGACCAUCUGGUGCCGAUUGCGCUGCCGAUCCCAGUACUCAUCUAGCCGAUGCGAUGAGAGGUGCAUGAUGUGGCACGCAAGGCGGCUUGGGGUGCCAGGGUCUGGUGUGACCAUGAUGCUGAAACACUGCAUCUCAGCCCGGCCCCCGGCAGACACCACAUAGGCAGUCAGGCCUGGCCGAGAAUCCUGAGGGCCACCUGGGGUGCCGGGGCCCCACACGGCCACCGCACGCACCGACGAGAUAUGGUUGCCAACUGCUGUGAGCGCGUGGGCCGCACCCGUGGCCGUGGGGAGUGCCAGCACACAGACGGUAGUGUCUUCACUGCCUGUGAUCAUGAUGUCGAUCAGGCCAGGCCCCUUGCUGCCAGGCUCCAGGUGGUCAGGUUGCACAAGGUUGGGCACCUCAAAUUCAGGCCCCAGGGUGAUGGUGCCCACACGUUUUACACAGGUGAUCUCUCGGCCAUGCAGACCCUCCCGGAGAAUUACAUGUGGCCUGGUACAGCCACCCAGGGCCCGAUACAGCAUGACGUCCCCAUCCUUGAGGUAGGCAAAGGCCACAGCAGCCUCGGUAUCCGAGAAGGCCCAGGAGCGGUGUCCUCCACCACAGCUGAUGAUGUGCAGCUUCUCGUGUGACCGGGGGCUC